AGGAGGAGGAUGAGGAUAGGGAGUCAGGGGCACUCACAGACGGGAGAGAGGGAGGGGAUAGAAAGAGAGAGAGAGACGCUCCAAUGAGAAAAGUUAACUUGUUCUUCCCCCGCACAGUCCCGCAGCUGAGGGCAUUGAUGUGAGCGCAAGGCUUCCAGUGUUCACGCGCACUUCUUCCCCCCCACCCCACACAUCUCUUCACCCUCACACACGGAGCACCAAACCACCUUCUCACCUUUAGUUUUAGCGUCGCCUGAGUUUCCUUUUCUUUACUUUUCCGUCUCUUUCAUGAAUGAUUCUCUCUGGUUCUCUGAAGCCACCCUCGGACAGCGGCUCGUCGGCUCGACCUCACCUCGGCACCUCUUCUCUGCUCAAGUUCAAGCGCCACCAGGACUUUCACUGCAGCUUCAGACGCACUUGGGGGAAAUAUCACUCCACCAGGAAAAACCUGAUUCUCUGCGCAGCUACAGCCGAAGCUGCCGUCAGCAUGAGUCUCAAAUCCGACUCCGAGCCCAAUAACAACGUCUCCAUCGAAGAGGAGGUACGAACGCUGUUCGUCAGUGGCCUACCAGUUGACAUUAAACCACGCGAGCUUUACCUGCUGUUCAGACCUUUUAAGGGUUAUGAAGGGUCACUGAUUAAGUUAACAUCAAAACAGCCUGUUGGGUUUGUAACCUUUGACAGUCGCUCUGGAGCUGAAGCUGCAAAAAAUGCACUAAAUGGUAUCCGUUUUGAUCCCGAAAGCCCCCAGACCCUGCGCUUAGAGUUUGCUAAAGCCAACACGAAGAUGGCAAAGAGUAAGCUGAUGGCCACACCGAACCCCACAAAUAUCCACCCUGCUCUAGGAGCACACUUCAUUGCACGGGACCCAUAUGAUCUGACGGGGGCAGCACUGAUCCCAGCAUCACCUGAUGCCUGGACUCCUUACCCCCUUUACACCACGGAGCUGACUCCAGGCCUCCCUCACGCAGCCUUCACCUACCCAGCAGCUGCUGCGGCUGCUGCCGCCCUCCACGCCCAGGUGAGGGACCAACCGAUGCGCUGGUAUCCCACUCCCUCGGAGACUUCCCAGCCUGGAUGGAAGUCCCGGCAGUUUUGUUAGAUAUUUAGCCUCUGGAAACCACACCUUUAUCAAGCUGAAGUGAGGUUUAACAAGCUCUAAAUUUAAUUUAAUCAAGUUUAUUUAAUGGACAGAUGUGCAUUAUUAAAAACAGUAUUUAUCAUCUUCCAACUGUUUGUGGGGAGGAGUUGGAGUUAACCAUCUUGCUGUUGACAAUCUGAAUUCAUCUAUGGCAACUAUUGCGGUACCAUUAGCACUUAAAAAAAAUCUAAUGCAAAACCUAUUCAGACUCCACGGAUCCUACUGAGGAAACCUGAUGAAGUUACUGUUGAGCUAAUUCUUCCAUUGGUUACUGCUGCUCCUGGGAGGUUUAGACGCGUUAAAUCUUUGCAUGUUAAAGUCUUUUUGGCAUGACUUUAUAGCGCAGAUUUCUGUGUAUCCUCAUUUACUUAGUGUUUGUGUUGCCUUUUGACUUUAGACAGCGAAAUGCUUUGUUUUUUCCUGUAGAAUAUUGGUCUUACCUCUGUAAGCUAGGCUGUUGUGUAAAUGGCUUAUCUCGCAUGGACCUUGUGAAUGCAUCCCUACGUUUGGACAAUCCCAGGUCUCAUAUCAGUGUCUGUCCUUAUUUGAGCAAAGAAAAGUAAAGAUUAUUUGUACUUCUUGCGUAAUGUAUAUUUAUGCAUUUUUGUGCAACUGAAUAAUGAACCUAUAUAAGUUGGAUGUUUAGUCGUCGCUUGUGUUUGGUGUUCAUUUUUGAUCCUAUAAUCCUGUUGAAGUAGUUCUAAAGAGUGCAAAGGGGAAGCUGGUAUAAGCUGGUAUGUCAAGAGGUUUUUUGAACUUGGCUUGUGUCAUUCUGCUAAAAUGAGAUUGUACAGCAAUCUUUCAGAAUGUGAAGCUGAACUACAAAUGUUGAGGAUUUCUUUUAGGGAAGGGGGGGGGGGGUUAAAAGGGUAGCAGGAUUAGACUGAUGAAGAACUUUAGUUUGUGGUUUAGAACAUGUUUGUCUUUGUAUCUGCUGUGCAUAAGAUGUUAAAAAAUCCCAUCUUAUGAAUAAAGACCUGAAUGCAUC